AUGCCUACCAACAUCAAGUAUCUGGACGAGUACGAGGACAAGCACAACUACCGCGCGAUCCAGGUGCCCGACACCAAGACGCUUGAGUUUGAGCCACUGAAGCAGGCGCCCAGCGAUGAUGCGUAUUGCAGGGUGCACCUGGUCAAGAACUCAGACCUGACGAUGGGUCUGAGCCUCUUCUUGCGCACGAGCGACACGGACGCCCAGAUCACGCUACCCGUGUACACGUUUGUGCUGGAGCAUGUAGGGAACGGGCGGCGCGUCGCAUUCGACCUCGGCCUCAAGCCCAAGCUUGAGGAUUUCUCGCCGUUCACCCAGAAUAUUAUUAAGGACGUCCCUAUCACGUGGCCGCGCGCGACGAUGCCCGAGAUCUUCGCAGACCAUGGCGUAGACGCCAAGACGAUUGAGGCCGUCAUCCUCAGCCAUGUGCACUUCGACCACAUCGGCGACAUUAGCCAGUUCCCAACCUCGACCAAGCUCAUCGUGGGGCCGAACACGGGCAAGGCCGCACUUCCUGGCUACCCGAGCUACGCAGACUCGUCUGUGUUGGACUCGGAUCUGCCGUUUGGCGGCGAGCGCGAGGUCGAAGAACUGAGCGACAAGUCGCCGUGGGUCCGCUGCGGCGCUUUCCCAGAGGCCAUUGACUACUUUGGCGACGGCUCACUCUACAUCCUCAACGCAUACGGUCACAUGGUGGGCCACAUCGCCGCUCUUGUGCGGACGUCAACUAAGCCCGACACGUACAUGCUGCUCGCCGGCGACUCGGCGCACGUUCGUGGCCUGUACUCGUGCUGUGGGGGGUGUGCGCACCCGUCCUUCCGCGCGGGGCUGUACCCCGCCGCCAACGGCCUCUCGCCGCAGGAACAGAAGCGCGGCGGCCUCCUUGCUAUCCACUACGACCUCCCGGCAGCAUACCUCAACAUGGCCCGCAUGGGGCGCAUGGAAGAGGAAGACAAUGUGUGUGUCAUCCUCGCUCACGACCUCGAGUGGAAGAAGAUCAUCGACCGCGAGCAAGGCGGCGAGGACUGGGAGUGGGUUGAGGUGGGUGACUGGAAGAAGAAGGACAGGAAGACUACAGUCAAGAAGGAGCUGGUCUACAAGCCACAAGAGGUAAAGGAUGCCGAUGGGAUUUGA